CCCUCGGACCCCAGCGCGCACGGAGGUUUCCCACCGGCGCUGCCAUUAUAUGCGUGUCACGUAGCCUACGUAAUAAAAAAAAAAAAGUCAGGGAUUUAGUCAUUAAACAUUUUGGAAGAGCCUCCGUGGGAAGUCCGUGCGCUUCCUCACUUUAGCAGCUCACUUUAUUGUCUCCUGGUUUACGGGACGCAGGGUUUACGCUUCAGGCACAGGGGCAGCAUGACAGGCGGACUGAAGGACAGAGAGGCGGACGAGGACUUUCUAUCACCGUUCAUCCGAAAGCAAGGGAACAUAUACAAACCCAACAAUAAAGAGAUGGAAAACGACAGUUUGAACGGGAAGACGAUGGAGGACGUCCACACGAAAGAGAUCGACCUGGUGAACCGGGACCCGAAGCGCAUCAACGACGACGUUGUCAGGGUGGACUUCGAGGACGUGAUCGCCGAGCCCCCCGGCACCUACAGCUUCGACGGCGUGUGGAAGGCCAGCUUCACCACCUUCACCGUCACCAAGUACUGGUGUUACCGCCUGCUCACCGCGCUGGUCGGCCUCCCGCUAGCCCUGAUCUGGGGCAUCUUCUUCGCCAUCCUGUCCUUCCUGCACAUCUGGGCGGUGGUGCCCUGCGUGAAGAGCUUCCUGAUCGAGAUCCACUGCGUGAGCCGCGUGUACUCCAUCUGCGUGCACACCUUCUUCGACCCCCUGUUCGAGGCCAUGGGCAAGUGCUGCAGCAGCAUCCGCGUCAGCAGCAUCAAGGAGGUCUAGGCUCCAGGGAAGCGCCGACCUGAUCGCUUGCUCCUCUCCAGAGGGUGUGGU